AAUCAUUCCUACCAAAAGAGAAAAAUCAUGAUUAGCCACAUAACCAAGCAAGAGUGGGGGGUUGGUGAGGCACCGACAGAUUACUGACACAGACGAUUAUAUCGCGCGCAUAUACAAAUAUAAUAACUAUAUAUACACAUACACAUAAGCACAAAUCAUAUUGGGAGAGCUCAGAUCUAAAUUUUUGAACAAGCUCUCAAAGAUUGUUUCUCUCUCUAACAGAACACACACACUCUCUAUCUGAAUAAUGGAGUACGAAGGAAUACUCUUGGGGAUGGGAAACCCCCUGUUGGACAUUUCAGCAGUUGUGGACGAAAAUUUCCUCAACAAAUAUGACAUCAAGUUGAAUAAUGCUAUUCUUGCAGAGGACAAACACCUCCCCAUGUAUGAUGAAUUGGCUGCCAAUUCCAAUGUGGAGUAUAUUGCUGGAGGUGCUACUCAAAAUUCAAUCAGAGUUGCCCAGUGGAUGCUGCAAUUUCCUGGAGCAACUAGUUAUAUCGGUUGCAUUGGAAAGGACAAGUUUGGGGAGGAGAUGAAGAAGAACUCAAAACUUGCUGGUGUUAAUGUUCACUAUUAUGAGGAUGAGACUGCACCAACAGGUACCUGCGCUGUUUGUGUUGUAGGCGGUGAGAGGUCACUCAUAGCCAACCUGUCAGCUGCAAAUUGCUACAAAUCAGAACAUUUGAAGAGGCCAGAAAAUUGGGCACUUGUUGAAAAGGCAAAAUAUUUCUACAUUGCUGGGUUUUUCCUCACCGUGUCUCCGGAGUCCAUACAGUUGGUAGCUGAACAUGCUGCUGCAAAGAACAAGGUCUUCAUGAUGAACCUUUCUGCUCCAUUCAUCUGUGAAUUCUUCAAGGAUGUGCAGGAGAAAGUUCUACCCUAUAUGGACUUCGUUUUUGGGAAUGAAACAGAAGCUAGAACCUUCUCGAAGGUUCAUGGCUGGGAGACUGAUAAUGUUGAGGAGAUUGCCAUUAAGAUUUCACAGUGGCCCAAAGCUUCAGGAGCACACAAGAGGAUUACUGUGAUUACUCAAGGUGCAGAUCCUGUUGUAGUUGCUGAGGAUGGGAAGGUGAAAGUAUUCCCUGUGAUCUUGUUACCAAAAGAGAAGCUAGUUGAUACCAAUGGAGCAGGGGAUGCAUUUGUUGGGGGAUUUUUGUCUCAGUUGGUAAAAGAGAAGCCCAUUGAAGAAUGCGUGCGAGCUGGCUGCUACGCAUCAAAUGUGAUUAUCCAGAGGUCAGGCUGCACGUACCCGGAGAAGCCUAAUUUCAGUUAGGCUUAUUCUUCCCCAGCUCUAUGCCUUAUCCCUCAGCUCAUAAAUGGCAGAGUUAUUUUUCCUUGCUGGUUCCGAUAAUGAUUAAUAUUCCCUGCAUUUUUACCUUUUUUUCGAGUUUUGAGAGGCAUGAUCUAUUUUGAGAAAGGCAAAGAUUGUUGAAUUAGUUUUUGGAGAUAUGUCCAUGGUGGAACAAUGUUGUAUCAACUGGUGUAUGGCAAAAAAGGAAGAAAAGAGGAAAAACAAGUUUGAUAGAAUCUUUCUAUACUCUCUUUUAUUAGUCAAAGAAGGCAUGAUUUUUAUGAAUUAAUUGGAAAUGAUCGAGUGGUUGCCCUA